ACAAGGGCUUUAUAGAAUCAGAGAUAAAGAAAUUCCUACCACUGCCACCUGGACCUGCCACCUGAUUCUCUGGAUUAACAAACAAGAGCACAAGGACCUACUAUGUCUAGGACACAAAGACCCACAAAGAUGCCAUUUGUCACCCUCACCCAGAUCUGCUUACACCUGCUCCUCUUAUCAACUGAUGCCUUCGAUAUCACCCUGUCUCCCUCAGAACCUCAGAUUUUUGCUCACAUUAGAGACCCAAUCUCUAUUACUUGUGAAGCAUCAGGCUGUUCUAACCCUUCAUUCACUUGGUCAAGUCUCCUGGACAAAACAUUGAGUGGUACAGUAACCAACAUUGGACAGAAAUCCAUCCUAAAUAUGUCUUCUGUCAGCAUGGAAAGUGAGGGUUCCUAUCGCUGUAAAGUCUCCUGCAAUAAGGAAACAAAAGAGAGAAGCUUUACUAUCAGCGUUUACUCCUUCCCCCUGGACCCUGAGCUGCAAAUCUCCUCGCUGCAGGUUGGUGCGCCGUCCGUGAUCACAUGUUCGUUCCGUCUCAUCUACCCAAUAGAAAGACUAGACGUCAGCAUGUGGCUGGGCACUGAGCUAAUAACCACAGACAAUGAGACCCCAGAACUCACAGACACAGAAAUAAACAUCAACAGAUCCUACAGCUGGGUCCCAACUGAAAAGGAUGAGGGCAAACGGGUCAGAUGCGAAGGUCACAUGACAUUUGAGCAAGACGGACCCCACCCGUUAAUCAGAAGCACCGAACAAGUACUCAGCCUAAAAUGUUUUCCGAGAGAUCCUGAACUUUCCAUCCUGCCGGCACCCACAGUAGCCAAGGGAGAGAAUGUCACAAUACAAUGUACAGUCCCAGGUGCAUCAGACACGGUGACCAUAUGGAAAGUGUGUGACACUGGAUCAAUACUCUUGCAGGACAAGCAGGGGACAGUGCAUAUAGACAGCGUGCAACCCCACGACUCCGGUGUAUACAAGUGUAGGACCAACAAUACGCUAGGAGAAAGAGAGACAGAAGAAUUACUGACUGUAGAAUAUGCACCAAGAAACACAGUGAUUUCAGCAUCUUCCCCUAUAGUGGAUGAGGGGGGCUCAGUGACCCUGUCCUGUGUUAGUGAGGGUGUACCAGCCCCCAGGAUCUCGCUGCACCAGCACUUACCAUCAGGAGAGUCUCUACAACUCUCUGCUUACUCAGAGGCGCAUCUGACAAACGUGCAGAGUAGAAGCAGCGGGGUCUAUGAGUGUAUUUCCGUUAACAAACUGGGGAGUGAAUACAACACACUGGAGCUACUGGUACAAGCUCCACCCAGGAAUACACAGCUCACUAUUAUCCCAUCCGAAGUGGUGAAAGCAGGUGACCUUGUGACUCUCUCCUGCACAUCCGAAGCAUCUCCUGCCCCUACACUAGCACUAAAAAGGAAAACCAAGCACGGCCUUGUGGAUCUGGGCGCUGAGGGUGGGACACUCAGCAUCUUCCAUGCCAAAGAGGGACACGCAGGGACAUACAUCUGUCAAUCCACAAACACAGUGGGACAGCAAAUCACAGAAGCCAAACUAAGUGUGCAAGUUCCCCCCAGAAACAGCACAGUGCUAGUGCUGCCCUCUGAGAAUGUUACAGAGGGGGAUACAGUCAUCAUAACCUGUGAGACCCACAGCAUCCCAUCACCUACCAUCCUUCUACAAAAAGUGUGCUCUGGGAACAAUACCUUCUUGCAGGCCAAGAAUGGAACCUUUACCUUGCACAAUGUCACCCGCAACGACACUGGGACCUACAUGGUUAGCAUCAUUAAUGAGGCUGGCAGUGAGACAGAGGUCAUUGAGAUCCUUGUAAAAGAACGUCGAGUAAGUGACAAACAUAGUGUCACCACACCGGUCAUUGUGGGGUCUUUGGCUGUGGUGUCAGCCUGUAUUCUAGGAGCAAUAGUUUAUCAUCUGAAGCAAGCCAGACAGCAGGGGUCAUACAACCUUCUGACAGCAUUGAAAAGCAUAGUGUGACCAAGGACUUCCUGUGUAAAUUUGCUUCAUAAGUUCCCGAGUUGAUGUGGACCAACUGGCCUGAACGAGAGUCACACUAAUUACGAGUCUACUAUAUGCCAACCUCAUGGACACCCUGAGACUACUAGCUGCCAACCUCAUGGACUCCCUGAGACUGCUAGCUGCCAACCUCACGUAAACCCUGAGACUACUAGCUGCCAACCUCACGGAAACCCUGAGACUACUAGUUGCCAACCUCAUGGACACCCUGAGACUACUAGUUGCCAACCUCACGGACAUCCUGAGACUACUAGCUGCCAACUUCAUGGACUCCCUGAGACUACUAGCUGCCAAACUCAUGGACACCCUGAGACUACUAGCUGUCAACUUAAUUGAUAAAUUACAUAGCUAGAUUAGCUAGAUUUUUCCUUCCUGUAUGCUGCAGACACCAAUUCAGUUUGCAAGAUCUGAAAGUGAAAGAGCCAGUAACGGCCGAGUCUGCCAUAGGAACUAGUUGGUUGAGUCCUGCGCUUAACGUGGCAGCCAGUUCAUCUAUAUAAUUACAUAAGUGUUUGUGCAACUGUGAGCGGCACUUAAAUAGCAUGUUGACUUCCAAGUGUCUAUUUUCCCAGAGUUAAAGUUUUUUUGCACAUAAAACUGAUCACUGAAAUCUACAAGAAAAGCAGUGAAGCAGGUAACUAGAGUGUGAAGGAAGAUCUCUGGGAAGGUACUAAUGACCCAGAAGCUACUACAUCUAAUGGCCAGUGACUACACGUGUUUCACAGAAUGUUGAGUAAGUGACAAACAUAGGGUCACCACACCCGUCAUCGUGGGGUCUUUAGCUGUGGUGUCAGCCUGUAUUCUAGGAGCAAUAGUUUAUCAUCUGAAGCAAGCCAGA